UCCGUCAGCGCUUCGGCGGCGCUGCUGAAGCUGGUCGUGCUUGUUGUUGUCCUCGGUGACGCGGCGGAGGUGUAGCCUGACGCGGCCUCUUACGUGUCGGCCUGAAUAAAAAGUGGAGCUCCGAGGGCUCGGGAGUGACGGAAGGAGUCUGUAAUUGCUAACUCGAUGACCAUGGAGUCGGGAGCCGAGGCCCAGCAGGGUGCAGACACAGCUGUGGCGGAAACCGAGAGCCAGCAGAUCACUCAGGCCCAGAUCGCCACUCUCACCCAGGUGACCGUUGGUGCAGGUCAUGCCACCUCUACCGGGCCCACAGUCACGCUUGUGCAGCUGCCCAAUGGCCAGACGGUCCAGGUUCACGGAGUGAUCCAGGCGGCCCAGCCCUCUGUCAUCCAGUCACCGCAGGUUCAGACGGUGCAGAUCUCUACAGUAGCGGAGAGUGAGGACUCGCAGGAGUCGGUGGACAGUGUGACCGACUCUCAGAAACGCAGAGAGAUCCUCUCCAGGCGCCCUUCUUACAGGAAGAUUCUGAACGACUUGUCAUCGGAUGCUCCAGGAGUGCCGCGAAUCGAAGAGGAAAAAUCUGAGGAAGACGCCGCACCUGCCAUCACUACGGUUACUGUGCCGACACCAAUUUACCAGACAAGCAGUGGCCAGUACAUCGCCAUCACGCAGGGUGGAGCCAUCCAGCUGGCCAAUAAUGGCACAGAUGGCAUUCAGGGCUUGCAGACUCUCACCAUGACCAACACGGCAGCCACCCAGCCAGGCACCACCAUCCUGCAGUAUGCCCAGACCAGCGACGGUCAGCAGAUCCUGGUGCCCAGCAAUCAGGUGGUGGUGCAAGCUGCUUCAGGGGACGUUCAGGCGUACCAGAUCCGCACAGCACCAGCAAGCACCAUCACCCCAGGAGUGGUCAUGGCCUCGUCACCUGCCCUGCCCAGUCAAGGGGGCGCAGAGGAGGCCACACGCAAAAGGGAAGUGCGGCUCAUGAAGAACAGGGAGGCUGCGCGCGAGUGCCGUCGGAAGAAGAAGGAAUACGUCAAGUGUCUGGAGAACCGCGUGGCCGUUUUGGAGAACCAGAACAAAACACUCAUCGAGGAACUGAAAGCUCUAAAAGACCUGUACUGCCAUAAAUCUGAGUAACGUCCUCGCCCACGUCUGUCCUCCGUCUCGGUGGGCUCGAGUGUACCUGUACGGAGACUGUGUGUGAGCCCACCCCCGGACCGGAACGCAUGUUUUCUAAAUGUACUUUUUUUUUAAACACUUCAGACUGCCUGAACGAACACGAGAAACAUGCAGGGACUUGCACCCCCAUGGCCAAAAUCUCAUCAGCACCAAUGGAUUCACGUCAUUACCGAGAAAUUGGCGGACGGCAUCGUAGGACAUACGAUGGAUGACUCUUCAGCUCCAGCCCCCUUUUUAACUCGACAGGUUUGCUGGGGAAAAACACAUACUGGUUAUUAUUGUUAUGAAGUUGGUUUAGAAACGACUGAGAAGAGAAAAUCAAAUAUAUAUUUUAAGAGCAGCUCGGUUCUGCUGUUCAACUCUAUCAAAUUGUCUCUGCAAGUCAAAGAGUCAGCCAGAAUCGCAGUAUCUUUAAAUGGAUGUAGAGAAAAACGUGGGUCCCACUUUAUAUGAAGUGCCUCUAAUAACUGUGUAGUUACAUGUGAACAACAAUGUAACUACUAAUGAUUUAGUCGCUGUUACAGAUGGAUGGCAGUCACAUUUUACGUAAUUACACACGUGUAUCAACUUCAGUUUUGCCUUAUGUAAUUACACAAGUGUAUCUUAAUAGUUGUAACAGCUGUUCUCUCUCGUGUAAUUACACAAGAGUAAUAACACAGACGUAAGUACGUUUGUAAUCAGACGGGAACAGCAGUUUUUUUUUUUGAAGUUUUCUUUUUUACAGCAGUAAAAGGAGUAAUAACGUACAUUAAGAUGUUACACUGGAUCUGCCAGCUUUCCUAACAUUUAGCCAGCAUUUGUGUUGCCAGUGCUGUGACACUAACCAGUUUCAGCUUUAAAAAAACUUUUAUUUGCCCUCAGUUUGAUUGUUGCAAACAAAAAUGCCACAGGCGACAAAAGCUCAACUAAUCACGUUUGUCUCUGGUGUUGUCAUGGCAAUAUCCAAGCUGACUGAUUGGCGUUCCGACAGCUAAACCUUUUACUUUUAAUUGCUGAACUGUGCUGGCCCCCACUUCCCCACCCCUGCAACGAAGGCCUUUAUACAACGAGCGGGAUUUUUUCCGCAAUUUGUCCAUGAAUUAAUUAUGAUAUCUAGCACACCCUCAGUUUGAUUGUUGCAAACUGUCACAGGCGACAUAAGCUCACUCAACUAAUCACGUUUGUCUCUGGUGUUGUCAUGGCAAUAUCCAAGCUGACUGAUUGGCGUUCCGACGGCAAAACUUUUUACUUUGACAAACGUCAGUUUUGUCGCAGGCGGAGCUGCAUCUCCAAAAACGGCAACGAGUUGCAUACGAAUGUUUACGCGCUGCUGAUUCAGUGACGUUUCGUUGAUUUUCUAAGCGAAAAUAAGUGAACACAUCCUCUUCAGAGAACUUCAGCACAUUUUAAUGCACCGUCACUGAGUGUGUUUACGUGGACUUAACAGUCCGAUAACUGCAAAAAAUCAGAUUUUGUCAGUAAUCCGAUCGAGUUUAUAUAAACUUAAGUAUAUAAGUAUCUACACGAGUCAGUCAGUAAUCAGUUUUCUACUUUGCAAUCAGCCAAAUAACUUGUGGCGUAAAUGUGCCGUAAAACAAAAACUUUAAGCUUUUAAAAAAAAUAAAAAUAAAAAUCGCUCCACUUUACCUGAAAAUGUGAACAUGCAUUCUGUAUGUGUUUGUGAUGGUACAGCAGAUGACCCCUUAUCUUCAAACGUGACUUUUAAGACAUUAAUUAAAUGUGUUGCAUUAUCAACCAAGGCAACAUCGAUAUUACCAAUAUCUAUUAUUACACAGUAACUACAUACCUAUUACACAGGACCUGUCCACUUAACACUACACUAGACCGUUUGUGUAUAGAAGAUACACUUGUGUAAUUACAUGAAGCAAAACUGAAGUUGAUACAAGUUUCAUUACAUAGGCUGUACGUCUUUAAUCCACCUGUAACCUUUCCUAAAUCAUCAGUAGUUAGUGUUUUUAAUUUGUUAUUCACAUGUAACUACACGGUUAUUAGAGAGACUUAAUAUAAAGUGGGACCAAAAAAUGUUUUUUUUGCCUGAAGUGUCAGAUUUUGACCUAUAUUUGUCUGACUGUUACUAACAUUUGGUGUCAAAUGUUUGCAUUUUUUUUAAACUCACGUUUAUACCAUGAAAAAUAUUGUUCAAUUUACUUUCGAUGCCUUAUAAAAGAUAUAAAUGUAUGAAAGUAGAUGUAGAGAAUAUAAGGCAUUUAUAAAUUAAUUAUCUAUAGGAAAUUAUUCUAGCCAUGUACAUUUUUGCAUUUGACUAAUGACUGCAUUUUGUUCAUGGGACAAAACGUUGGUUUCCAGCCAGCAGUGGUCAUCUGGAUCUGUAGUCAUUGAUCUGGCAUGACCCCUUGUUUUGCAAAUGGACGUUCCAGUGUGAGUUACUUCGCUUUCCUUGCACACUUCAGAACAGCAGGACAUAUUUUCUUUUUGUAGAAUAUGGCUCUGCAUACUGGUUGGCUAAGUGGAGGUGCUAUACAGGAGGUGGGAUUGUUCCGUUAAGGCAGAGAUGGGGAACUCCAGCCCUGGAGGGACGGAUUCCUGCACAGUUUGGUGACUUUCCAGCUCAAGCACACCUGAUUCAGCAGGUAAUUACCAGGUAUGGUUGGUGUGCUAGAGCAGCGAAAUUGCUGAACUGUGCUGGCCCCCACUUCCCCACCCCUGCAACGAAGGCCUUUAUACAACGAGCGGGAUUUUUUCUGCAAUUUGUCCAUGAAUUAAUUAUGAUAUCUAGCACACCCUCAGUUUGAUUGUUGCAAACUGUCACAGGCGACAUAAGCUCACUCAACUAAUCACGUUUGUCUCUGGUGUUGUCAUGGCAAUAUCCAAGCUGACUGAUUGGCGUUCCGACAGCAAAACUUUUUACUUUGACAAACGUCAGUUUUGUCGCAGGCGGAGCUGCAUCUCCAAAAACGGCAACGAGUUGCAUACGAAUGUUUACGCGCUGCUGAUUCAGUGACGUUUCGUUGAUUUUCUAAGCGAAAAUAAGUGAACACAUCCUCUUCAGAGAACUUCAGCACAUUUUAAUGCACCGUCACUGUGUUUACGUGGACUUAACAGUCCGAUAACUGCAAAAAAUCAGAUUUUGUCAGUAAUCCGAUCGAGUUUAUAUAAACUUAAGUAUAUAAGUAUCUACACGAGUCAGACAGUAAUCAGUUUUCUACUUUGCAAUCAGCCAAAUAACUUGUGGCGUAAAUGUGCCGUAAAACAAAAACUUUAAGCUUUUAAAAAAAAUUAAAAUAAAAGUCGCUCCACUUUACCAGAAAAUGUGAACAUGCAUCAUACAGAAGAUGAAGAAUAUUUAAAUCUUUAAAUAUUAAAAUAUAUUUGGUUUCAGUGUCGCUCCAAAAUGUUUUGCUGCAUCUCACGGCGACGCUGCUCACUUAUUUACGGUACCAUGGUCUGUUUCGCCCAUGCACAGACUGAGAAAUCUGAAAGAAAUCAGAGUAAGAGUUCACAGCGCUGAGAAAUCUGAAAGAAAUCAGAGUAAGAGUUCACAGCGCUGAGAAAUCUGAAAGAAAUCAGAGUAAGAGU